GCGUAAUUGGAUUGCCAUGUACUUCCGGAAUUUUGAAGUUUGUCAAAAUUGAAGAUUAAAAGUUGAUAUACUCGUAGAUCUGGACACAUAUGUAAAAUUCAAUGUUAUAGACACUUUAAGUGAUUACUAAUGUGUCAUUUGAUAUUAAAUUUAGACAAAUCGAGUCAAUCUCGCAGAUAUGACUACAAGUUACAUAUCUCCCAUUUCAAAUAAAAUACAACAAAAAUAUGGUUCCAAAAUUUUAUCAACUGAUGCUGAAAUUCAAAACUGCAAAUCAACAAACGUUUAUAUAUUUGGGAGUUCUGACGUGGAUGAAGCUGAACUCAAGGACAAUAUCAUGGAGAUGACAGAAAUGAGAUCCCGAGGGAAUUCUUCUGGGAAAAGAUCGUCAACGCAUGUCACGGUUGAGGAAGAACCUGUGUUUCUUGAGCGGAAUGUAAAUGAGGGUGAUACGAUUCAAAGUAUUGCUUUACAAUAUGGAUGCCCAGUAUCCGAGUUGAAGAGGUUGAACAAUUUGAUUCAGGACCAAGAUUUCUUUGCGAAAAAAGUCAUCAAAGUACCAAUAAAAAGACAUGGCUUGUUAACGGAACUUAUUGAAAAAGAAAAUAAAGAAAAUAAAAAUUCUAAAAUUCGUCUCAAUCCCAACUCAGGUGCUGUUGGAGGCGAACCAUUUGUAAGCGUUGAAGAUGAUUACGCUGACCAAUCAGAUAACAGUGAUUCAGAGGGGCGGGGCCUCUUGGUGCGAACUUUGAGUAUUCGGGACUCACUAGGGACUCAAUCCCGGGAAGCUCACGACUUCCUCAAAGCAAUGGACAAAGAUCUUUUAAAAAUACAAAACUCAACAAAAACUCAAAAAGACACUUUACAAGAAGUGACGACUGCUUUAACGUGUAAACGUAUUCAGCCGCUAAAAAAGGCAGAUGGUGCAGACUGUGGGAUGAGAUGGUGGACUAUCGUAGGGGUCAUGUUUUUAAUUGGACUCGUCACGCCACUGGCUUAUUUCUUGUACAUUGAAUACGGGAAAGCUUAAUGGUGACGUGACAUAGAAAAUAUUAAUAUAAUUAUGUAUAGAGAUUGAAUGAAUGCAUUUUAUUUGUCUGAGAUUCUACACGUCUCAGAUGAGGGGGGGGUCUGUAGGGAUCCAGAUUUCAGACUUGACCCUCUCAUGUUAUAAUUGUGUAAUAAAUGUGGAUUUAGGUAGAUGCAAUGUGAUAGGCAAAUUAAUAUGCCAAUUUAUAAGCAAAUGUGUAAUUUGAGGAAAGAAUAUUUAACUCAAGAAUAAACAUAUUUCAUAUUGACUUACAUGUAUAUGAUUGUGAACAUAUCAGAGAAUAUUGACAAAGCAGCAUUUUGCUAGUCAGAUAUUUAAAGGUGCAACAACUAGUACAGGGGGCCAUUCAACGAUCAUCGAGCAGUGUCAAAAU